UUUCUGCUCUUCCUUCUUAAUACAUUCUUUGAUUUCAUUGCUUAAUUCCUAUGCUCCUCCCUCGAUCUCUCUUUGAAAUGGAAGUUACGAAGCCUUCCUCCAAGUCCGACCGACGUCGUUUUGUUCUCUCUUCGAUCUUCUUCAUCUUUUUCCUCUGCGUUUUGGCCUCCAUCAACGAAGCUCGUUUCGACGCCCUCUUGAAGUUCGGCCGAUGCACCGUCGACAGCGCUUCUUCUCUUUCGCUUCAAACGGCGACGUUUAAUUCCUCCGACGACAAUCUUCUUUCAGUUAAUUCUUCCUCUGUCUCCAACGACACUGAUAUCCGUAUACUCAUCGGCAUUCUAACGCUUCCCGAUCAGUACAAUCGCCGCCACUUUCUCCGUCUAAUUUACGGCACGCAGUCCGUUUCGGGCGCUAAAAUCGAUGUGAAGUUCGUCUUCUGUAAUUUGACGAAAGAGGAUCAGAAGAUUCUCGUCGCGUUGGAAAUAAUGCGGUACGACGACAUUAUAAUCCUCAAUUGCAGGGAGAAUAUGAACAAAGGCAAAACCUAUACCUACUUCUCCAGCCUACCGGAGAUCUUCAACAGCAGCGACGGCGGCGGACCUAAUCCGCCGUAUCACUACGUGAUGAAAACCGACGACGACACUUACAUCCGGCUCAACAGCUUGGUAGAAUCGCUCCGGCCACUUCCGAGAGAGGAUCUGUACUACGGAUAUGUAAUUCCUUGUCCGAGCAUGGAUCCGUUCGUGAAAUACAUGUCCGGAAUGGGAUACUUGAUAUCUUGGGACUUGGCGGAGUGGAUCAGAGAAUCGGAGAUCCCUAAGAACAAUUUGGAAGGGCCUGAGGACAAAGUAUUUGGAGAAUGGAUCAGAGAUGGCCGCCGAGCGAAGAAUCGGUUCAAUGCGAAGUGGUCGAUGUACAAUUAUCCGGAGCCGCGGACGGGAUGUACUCAUGAGCUUUGGCCGGAGACGAUCGCCGUUCAUCUGUUGAAGAAUCAGGAGAAAUGGAUUCGCACAUUGACGUAUUUCAAUGUCACUGCGAAUUUGAAGCCAUCGAAGUUGUAUCAUAUUCCAUAGGUGAAUCAAAUUCAAACCAUCUUUAGUUUCAAUUUUUGGUUAUUCUAC